UCGCCCGGGUGGACAGACGAGUUACUUCCACGUUAAAACAUUGGAUAUAAAAUGCGGGACGAGGAUUUGCGUGAACUACGACGCCGCCGCAGCGACGCGGGGUAUUAACGCAGGUUCCUCGGGGGGGACACGUCACGGCUCCGCAGCGGAACCACGCGUGUUUCGUGGGGGUUUUCCUUUUUCUGUUUUUUUUUUUUUAUCAGCAAUAUUUCACAGGGAGAGCAGUGUCAUCCUCCUCGCCACAGUGGCUGCGAACAAACGAUGAACUGAGGACCUCCUCGACCCUCACACAUUUCUGCAGUCUGCACUCCUCUCUCGCUGCUGUCACCCACGUUGCCUCACCACACCUGGGCAGAGAAAUGCGUGUGUGUGCCGUCCCUCUGAUGAAUGACCGUGCAAGUGUUUUUGGGCUGAAGUAAGAGUAGUGGUCUGCACCCCGUCUCUCAGCCUCAGAGAGGCACUUCUCUACUUGACUGACUGCGACAUUUGUCUCCACAACUGCAAAGCAUCAUGGGUAGGAAAAAGAUUCAGAUCCAACGGAUCACAGAUGAAAGGAACAAGCAGGUGACAUUUACGAAGCGAAAGUUUGGCUUGAUGAAGAAAGCCUACGAGCUGAGUGUCUUGUGCGACUGCGAGAUCGCCCUCAUCAUCUUCAACCACGCUAACAAGCUGUUCCAGUACGCCAGCACCGACAUGGACAAGGUCUUACUCAAAUACACAGAGUACAAUGAGCCUCACGAGAGCCGGACCAAUGCUGAUAUCAUUGAGACUUUGAGAAAGAAAGGCUUCAAUGGUUGUGAAAGUCCAGAGCCGGACGGUGAAGACUCCAUCGACCAAAGUCCAUUAAAUGAUGACAAGUACCGUAAAACCACAGAGGACCUGGAUGUUCUCUUCAAACGCUACGGACAAUCGACGGCUCCCCAGACCUUCUCCAUGCCAGUCACAGUCCAGGCGUCCAGUCAAGGCACACUGCAAUUCAGUAACCCUGGCAACACACUGGUAACUACCUCCUAUGUAACAUCAUCGUCUCUCACGGAUACCCACCUCCUGUCACCACAGCAACCAGCUCUUCAGAGAAACACGGUGUCUCCUGGGUUGCCACAGCGACCAGCGAGUGCAGGUGCUCUUCUGGGAGGUGACCUGAACAAUUCAAAUGGAGGAUGCCCAAGUCCAGUCCCUAAUGGAUACAACAGUGCCAGGGCCUCCCCAGGCCUCCUCACCGUUUCCAACGGCAACAGUCAGGGGAAAGUAGUUCCAGCCAAGUCUCCACCCCCACCUCCCAGCCCCCAGAUGGUCAACAGCCGCAAGCCAGACCUCCGAGUCAUCACCUCACAGGGCGGAAAGAGCCUCAUGCAGAUGAACGCCCAGCGGCUGGCGGCCGGAGCCCAGGGGGCACAAACCCUCACCACGCCGGUGGUCUCCAUAGCCACACCGAGCCUCCUGGCACAGGGGCUGCCCUUCUCCGCCAUGCCCACAGCGUACAACACAGAGUACCAGCUGACCAGCGCGGACAUCACUGCUUUACAUGCUCUGGCGUCACCUGGUGGCUUGUUGCCGUCUUCAUGGCAACAGCAGCAACCGCAGCAACAGCAGCAACAACAGCAAACUCAGCAGCAGCAGCAGCAGCAGCAACUAAAUCUUCAAUCACUCAGCAACUUGGUCAUGUGGGGCGUGGACAAACAGAGCAGCGAGCUGUGUAGCCAGGUGUCCAGUCUGGCUGCCAAUCUGAGUGUUGGCUCUCCGUCCAACCUGCUCUUGGGUAGAGAUGAGUGGUUGGGCCGGCCGGUGACCCACAUACCUCAAGGCGCCAUGCUGACCCUCAACACCAACUCCAGCGUGAGCAUCAAGUCGGAGCCCGUCUCGCCAGGCCGGGAUCACGGCAGCGCUUGCUCUCUCCCUUCCUCCAACACAUCGUCCUCGACUUCGGGGGGAGCCAUCCUGACCGCACCCCCACAGUACCCCGGCUCCCUGCUGUGCCUGGAGCCCCCGACCGGCCGCUCGCCUGCGAACAGCGUCAGCAGCAACGCCAGCUCCUUCGAAGGCAGCGAUCGUGAUGACACCGGUGCAGGCGGCGGCGGCGGCCCUGGAGGUGCAGGAGGAGGCGGAGUCGGAGGCUCCACGGGUUCAGCAAACCGCUCCCUGCCGCCGGACUUCAGCUCCUCGGCUGAUCUCCUCAGGGUGUCGAACGAUCCGGAGCAGGAGGGAGGGAACGUGAAGCGCAUAAGAUUGGACACCUGGGUCACAUAGAUG